UCCCCGGGACGCGCCGUGCACGUGGGCGGGGCCCAGGCUCGGGGAUCCGCGGGCUGGCGGCCUGUGGGCGGAGGCCGUGGUGGCGCCGGCCCCGAGCUGGAGCUGCGAAGGUUCUUCGGUCGCCCUCCGGCUCCCGGGAAACGGAAUUCCCUCCGCGGAGGGGCGGAGGGGACUGCAGGCUGCGACACAGUCCUCAGCAGACAGAGAAAUGAGAAAAAUACCAAAUAAUGGGAACCUGAAGAUGACAAAGGUGGCGUACCCCCUGGGGCUGUUCAUUUGCCUGUUCAUCUAUGUUGCCUACAUCAAGUGGCACUGGGCCUCCGCCACCCAGGCCUUCUUCAGCAUCACUGAGGUGGCCUCGGGGGCCCGGAGGGGCCAGCAAGCUCACAGCCUCCCAGGAACAGCUGCACGUGGUCACGAGGUUUUCUAUGGCAUCAUGUUUGACGCAGGAAGCACUGGCACCCGUGUCCAUAUCUUCCAGUUCACCCGGCAGCCUGGAGAAACUCCCACUUUGACCCAUGAGACCUUCAAAGCACUGAAGCCAGGUCUUUCUGCUUAUGCUGAUGAUGUUGAAAAGAGCACUUCAGGAAUUCAGGAAUUACUGGAUGUUGCUAAACAAGACAUUCCUUUUGACUUCUGGAAGGCCACCCCCUUGGUCCUCAAGGCCACAGCUGGUUUACGUCUGUUACCAGGAGAAAAGGCUCAGAAGUUACUGCAAAAGGUGAAAGAAGUGUUUAAAGCAUCACCCUUCCUUGUAGGAGAGGACUGUGUUUCCAUCAUGAAUGGAACGGAUGAAGGUGUUUCAGCAUGGAUCACUGUCAACUUCCUAACAGGCAGUUUGAAAACCCCUGGAAGGAGCAGUGUGGGUAUGCUGGAUUUGGGCGGCGGAUCCACGCAGAUCACCUUCCUUCCAAGAGUUGAGGACACCCUCCAGACCUCCCCACCUGGCUACCUGACGUCACUCCAGAUGUUUAAUCGGACCUACAAGCUCUAUUCUUACAGCUACCUGGGGCUUGGACUGAUGUCAGCACGGCUCGCAAUUCUGGGUGGCAUGGAGGGGAAACCUGCUGAGGAUGGAAAAGAGUUGGUCAGCCCUUGUUUGUCGCCAGGCUUCACAGGAGAAUGGGAACAUGCUGAAAUAACAUACAGGAUUUCAGGACAGAAGGCAGUAGUGAACCUCCAUGCGCUGUGUGCCAGCAGAAUAUCAGAAAUCCUUCAAAACAAAGUGCACAGAACAGAAGAAGUGAAGGAUGUGGACUUUUAUGCUUUUUCCUACUAUUACGACCUUGCAGCAAAUGUUGGCCUCAUAGAUGUGGAGAAGGGAGGCAGCCUCGUCGUAGGAGACUUUGAUAUUGCGGCAAAGUAUGUGUGCCGCACGGCAGAGACCCGGCCGCAGGGCAACCCCUUUCUGUGCAUGGACCUCACCUACAUCAGCCUGCUGCUCCAGGAGUUUGGCUUCCCUGAGAACAAAGUGCUGAAGCUGACUCGGAAAAUCAACAAUGUUGAGACCAGCUGGGCUCUGGGGGCCAUUUUUCAUUACAUCGACUCCCUGAACAGACAGAAGAGUCCAGCCCUGUAGUGGUCGAGCCACUCUAGCCAUCCUCGCAGAAGCGGCUCCAUCUCCAUGAGAACAGACCUUCGUGGAAGCCCAUGGCAAGUUGGGGGGAGGCCGCUGUUCAGGCUGCCACCCCUCCCCCUUUGACCUUGCAGACCUGCCUCUGGACAGGCAGAGGGCUGCAACGUGACCCAGGCCCAGCGCCUCCUGCGUGGCUCCAGAUGGGCAGUGAACCAGACAGGGCAAAGGUCACGUGCCAAGAGUGAUGCAGUCUCACCGUCCCUGACCUGUCCCUAUGUGCAGGGUUGGAGUGGCUGUAACAUGUGUCUUUGUGAUAGUCUUGUUUUAUCUUCCUGCCCCUGUCUGGUCUGUCCUUGCAUCCCCAGGACACACCUCACCUUCUCCCCAAAGACUCUGUGGGGAGGUUGUACAGGGAGGCUGUCCUGGCUGCUCUCAGGGUGGGCCGAGUGGCAGCCACCACACCCUCUGGGACAGUGGGUCUGGUGGACUUGAAUGUGUUUGCCACCUCCUUGAAUGUGGAUGUGUAACGUCAUUGAGAGGUUUGUUUUUUCAGGUUCUUGGAUGACUUGGAGCUAACUGACAGAGUUGGCCCUAUGAAUAGGAAGAAAGGCUGGGGAAAAUACCUCUCAUGUGCCCCAGCUCUUCAGAGGAGGCCCAAAUGUGAGCAUGAACUGCUUACAAUAUUUAUGGCUUUGCUGUGUGAGUGAUGUCUCCGUUGUGCGGUGCUGAGUGUUUGUGUAGCUACUGUGUUCUGAGCCCCAGUGGAUGUAUAGCUACCGUGAGCCAUUGCAGCCGAGCAGUGUUGAAAACGUACACCACCCCCUGUAGGUCAGGCAGCCUGUAGUCCCUGAAACUGCCUUCUCCUAGCUCUGCUGGGGUGCAGGUCCACACCCACUCCCACCCCCCCAAGAUACAAGGAGCUGCACAGGACACUGGGAAAUGGGAAAUCUCCUGUGGGAAAUGUAGGGUACAUCGUGUGUUCUACCCAAAAUAAACGGUUUACAAGGCUUUCUGCUC